AGACUCGCCCGAGCGCUUGGGCUGUGUGCUAGGCAACACUUAGGUGAGAUUUUUGACAUCCUGGAGCACUGGGAGGAGUUCGUCAGCAGGGUGAAGUUCCAGCCUUCUGCCGGUGGCUCUCUGGAGGAGCCAGCUUCCAUCAAGCAGCUGAGAAGCCUCCUGCUCCUGCUCCUCACCUAUGGGCACGUGGUCCACUCAGGCCCCACGGAUCUCAUCCUAGGGAGCACAGACUGCAAGAUCCUGUCUCCCAUGUGACAACACUAUUUUCUGAGCCCACGCGCUCUGGGAUCUGUCUCUACCGCCUACAUCAAUGCAGUCUGCAGCUGGCCCAGCUUGGGGAGUAAUGACCUCAUCCUGUCAAACAGGGAAGAGCUGGCUCUCAGUGAUGCUUAGAUGGAAAACCACACACUCCUCACGGAGGAAAAGCAUCCCCAAAGUACAUGUAUAAGGAUCCUGGACUCUAUUGCCCGCAAGAAGCUUCAGCCACCUUCACAGCAGGGCAUUGUGCAGCUCCCUUUCCAACCUCACUUGGUGCGGGAGAGCGAGGAAGAGGGCCAGGGACAGACCAACGCUGAGCAUCUGCCACGCAGCACUGCGCCAUCUAGAGCUAUUCCAGGAUGGAGAGGCUCUGUCAGAUGCCGGGGAAGAAGGCUGCAGACGUGGCUCCAGAGCCAGUGGGAAGCAGCUGCUGGCUUCCCCAGGAGGAGAGCCACCCCUCUGUCCCCGCUGGCGGGGAAGCAGCUUGUGGUCAGGCCAAGCGGUGCAAGUACCUGGCGUUCUGGAGGAGGAAGACACCUUCUGGGCCAAUAUGGAGUUGACCCAGGGCACGGCGGGAGCCGGGCAAGGCGGCUCUGGGGCUUCAACUUCAGGAAGCAGAGGAGCUAGAAGCACAGCGCCAGGACCCAGCACUUGCAGCUGUGGAUCUGCUCUCCCCGGGCCCAGGAGAGGAGCCGAGCUGUGAGAGCCAGCACCCAGAUCUUCAUGUUUUAUCGCCUCAGAGCCAUCACCGAGGACCUGAAACCCAUGGCAAAGCAGGGCUACAUGGCCGGGCUGCUGACAAGCCACAGGACUUCGAUGUUCAGGAGGCCACCAGAUACUGGGCAUCUCAGGCUCUCUACUGGCUCUUCACGCCUUGCAAAGGUGCAGGAUCUGCACAUGGCUUUUUCCUCCACACUGAGCCCACCCCGGGGGAGACGGCUGAGUGACGGGAAAAGAGACAUCCUGCACCUGCUGGCCAGACAGCACACCAAGGCUGCAGUCAGCAUCCUCCUGCAGAUGCCCUGGCCUUACGAGCGCCAGGCCAAGGCCAUCUGGAGAUUCCUAGGUGCAGACCCCACGCUGGCCAGGGAGGUACUGCACAUCCUGCUGUGUGUCAGCCCGGAGAAGGGCCAGACUAACGCUAGACAGAGCCAGGACAGGAGCUACCCCCAGCCAGCCCAGUUGCCCCCAGCGGGCCAUGGUGAUCCACCCAAAGCAGGCCCUGAAGAGCAUCCCGUGGCUCCACCUUCCCGGCCUCCAGGCCAACCAGGAGGGUGAACGCAUGGCCUGCACUGUCCUGUUGGCAGAG